AGCCGUAUCGGAAUACAGGGAAUUACGAGGAACCCCAAAGGCAGCAUCAGCUGGGUUCCAAACCAGAUGGAGGCUGGGCGACGCGCUGUACACUGGCUUCUGCUGCUUAACAACACAGGGAGGACAACACACACAUACUGUAGAGCAGUGGACUGUGGGCUCCGUCGUAACGCUGGGCGCUGCUGUGCUAAGUAGAUAUCGUUGCUUGUAAGAUAAAGUCUAUCAUGAGUUGAGGGUUAGUGUCUCUAACCGGGCUCCGAGCCAUGCGUUAGCCGAAUGAAGUUUGACAGGCUAACGUCGGGUUUAGCUCCCUUUAAGGAGCUAGCAGUGUUGGCUACAAGUGCCGCCUGCCUCUAGCUGCCAGCUCGAGAGAACCGCUAGCUGCUCGAAGCUGAUAGUUAAAUAUUGUGACCAGCCGGCUAACACGCUAGCUGUCAAGCCUGGGAUGGUCAAGCGUUAUCUUGCUCAGUAACGUGUACGUCUGAGGGCAUCCCUUUACUCUCUUUGGUUAGCGGGCUGACCGCGGAGAAAUGGCUUUCAUUUGUUAAUUGGCCGUUUAAGCCAGCAAUGCGUACUUCAUUGUAUCUGAACACCGUUAGCUCGCCGGCGUCGGAUUACUGCACCCUGUGGCACAGCGGUGCCCUGGCCAGAGGCGUCACACAUCGCGUUUCGCAUAAUGAGUGAUCAAUAUGUCAAGGUUCAAGUCGAGCAAAUGAAAUCAUUUGGCGAAGAUGCAGAGAAGGAGGGAGUGGAUACAGAAGAGCAGGUGCCGGGUUCCUCUCCUUCUGCCUCUGUCUCACCAGAUCAUCCCACCGGCACAGAUGCAUCCAGCACCUCUCUUCCCUGCAAACAAACAGGUAAAAGUCGCAGUAAGCCAGGCAGAGAGGACAAGAGACACACUUCUGAUGUGGCAUCGCAAGGCUCUGUAGUUUCCUCUGAGAAAAACUUAAACAGACUGGGGUAUGAGCGGACGCUUCAAGUCAAGGGAACUGGAAAGAUACUGCAGCGGAAGUCAGAGCCCAAUGGCAACUAUGUCACCAUCCACACAUCCAAAAACAUCGAAGAGAUGCGCAGAGAGGAGGGGUUCAAGCUUGCAAAGAAGAGGAGACCUGUGACGGUAGACACUUCAAAAGCCAAAACCUCUUUGGAGGCACUGAAGAUAAGCAUCAAGCAGCUAAAGUGGAAAGAGUUUCCUUUAGGAAGGCGAACAGCCUGUGAUAUCUACUGGCACGGCGUUUCCUUUCAUGACAAUGAAAAUAUCGUCUCAGGGCAGGUCAACAAGUUCCCAGGAAUGAUCGAAAUGCUGCGAAAGAUCAACCUCAGCAGAGCAGUUCGGACUAUGCAGGAGUUGUUCCCAGAAGAGUACGACUUCUAUCCCCGUUCCUGGAUCCUGCCUGAGGAGUACCAACUGUUUACCACACAGAUUCACAUGGUGAAAGAGAAGGAUGCUACAGUGAAUCCCACUUUCAUUGUCAAACCAGACGGCGGCUCUCAGGGGGACGGUAUCUACCUCAUCCGUGACCCUAGUGACCUCAAGCUCAUGACGGGUUCGCAGGCCAAACAGGGCGUAGUCCAGGAGUACAUCCAAAAGCCGUUACUUAUUGACAAACUUAAGUUCGACAUCCGGCUCUACGUGCUUAUAAAGUCCUUGGAGCCGUUGGAGAUCUACAUUGCCAAAGAGGGACUGACACGUUUUUGCACCGAGCCGUAUCAGGAGCCAAGCCAGAAGAAUCUUAGCCACGUCUUCAUGCACCUGACAAACUACUCGCUCAACGUCCACAGCGGCAACUUCGUGCACUCAGACAGCCAGAGCACCGGCAGCAAGCGCACUCUCUCCAGUGUGCUGUACAGAUUAGCAGCUAAAGGUGUCGACAUCAAGAGGGUGUGGUCGGACAUCAUCGCCCUUGUCAUCAAGACUGUCAUCGCCGUGGUGCCUGAACUUAGAGUCUACUACCAGGCUGACAUACCACCCGGCAAACCAGGACCCACGUGCUUCCAAAUAUUAGGCUUUGACAUCUUGCUCAUGAAGAACCUAAAGCCCGUACUGUUAGAGGUCAACUCCAACCCUAGUAUGAGAAUCGAGCAUGAGCAGGAGGUGGCACCCGGAGUUUUUGAAUAUGUUCCCAGUCCGGUGGAUGAAGAGGUCAAAGUGGGCGUGAUCAGGGACACUCUGCGUCUAAUGGAUCCAGGCCACAAGAAACCCACAGUUCCCCAACAGAGGGCCGGUGGGUUUGAACAAGGAGAAGAGAUUCCCAUGGAAGAAGAAACACAAGAGAAGAGCCAAGAUGAAACGGGAACUUUGCCUUCGCUGUGUCUGAAGCAGGUCUACCCAAAGUACUCCAAGCAGUUCAACUACCUGCGGCUAGUGGAGCGAAUCGCAGCUCUCUUCAUACGCUUCCUUGGUGUGAAGGGCAACAUGCGCCUUGGCCCCACUGCCUUUCGGACCUUCAUCAGGACUUGUAAACUGAGUGGCAGCAACUUCUCAAUGGCUUCAGUGGACAUCCUCUACAUAGACAUCACACGCCGCUGGUCAGGCGCGACGCCCGACUCCAGAGAAGCAGGGAUGGGCUUGCAGGCGUUCGUCGAAGCCUUUUUCUACUUGGCAGCUCGCAGGUUCAAAUCCCUGGCACUGAGGGAGCAGGUAGUGUCACUGCUGGAGCUGUGCGAGUCUCAGCUCGGGCCUCAGUCGGGCGUCGAGGAGAGGCGCUCUCUGAGCUGCAGCAGGGCGCUGCCGCGAACCGUCAAAACUCAGACGCCGUGCCUCGCCAACCCUCAGCUCAGCUCUCCGGCUCCCCUCCGAAGGGCGGCCAGCCAGGACCACCGGCAUCAAAGAUUCAAGCCUCGCUCGCUCAGAGCAAAUGUGGAGAACUGAUGAGAGGGAACUAGUCAUCCAACCCCCCCCCCCCCCCCCCCCCAAACACUGCCUUUAGCAUUCUCCACAGGAGCAGAGGAGUUAGGUGUCCACCCCUCCUCUGCAGCCCCAGAGAAGGACGAGCCGAAGCCCUGCUGGCUGACUCGCAGGAGGACUGUUCUCUUACUGAUUGCUUUUUCUUCAGAGGAGGAAGAUGCCCGCAGGGGGUUGUUGGAAUGGAAAUGGAAGAAGAUAUAAGGAGGUCGGUGCAUUUCCUCCCAUCCUCCCGGUAGGAUCAUAUAUGAAGAACACGAUCCGGUCAGGAGGAGGAAAUGGCUGCUUUUAAUUGACUUACUGAUUCUAGAAGGCAGCUAUAUGCCUCCCUUUCACAUUUGUCUGGUAACUCUUACGGUAAAACAAACUUUCUUUUCAGGGAUAACAUUAGAUGCUCCACUUGAAUCGAUCCACACAUCACACAUAAAAUAAGGAAAAGGGAGAAUCCUCAGUGUAUUAUGUUCUUGAAUUUGCACAGCAAAUAUUUCAGCUAUAUUACUUUUGCACAGAAAUGGACGUGACUGGGCAUUUGUGCGCUCACUGUUUGAACUUGUGUGUGUGCGCGUGUGUGGUCACCGCUGUAUUUAUUUGCGUUUAGCUUAGCGGCGAAAGCCUGUUGACAGUGAGCGGCUCAGCUGUGCGCCUUCCACGAGCCCAUUAGCGACGAGUUAAGUGAAUAAGUAUUCAAAGGGAAAAAGGGCCGCGCGGCCACUUAUCCUCUUUCAGUUCAAGCAGCUAUUCCAGUCAGGCAGCCGCAAGACCUCCAGCCAUUAUGUUCUUUAGAAUGUAGCCACACAACUGCCAUUGGACGUAGAUGUCUAGAAAUAAUUGCAUGGCAAAAAUGUUUUACAGAUUCUUAAAUGAGAUUUGGUUAGAAAACCGAAUGCCUCAUAAUUCCAGAGUAAAAUGGCAGCUGCUGCUGGAAGGUCGCUUGUCUUUUUCUUUUUCUUUUAUGCUAAAAUUACUAAACCAAUGAAAGAAGUGCAGUGUGGGCAGCUUGUGGAAAACAGACUGAACUAAAUAUUUAAGAGAUUUCUGCUACACAUACUGUAGGGCUAACUUAUUUACUGUAUUCAUGAUGUGAAGUAGAUGUAUGAGGUAUUAAACACUGGCACAUAACAUGAAUGACAUGUAUUGAUAACACUAUCAAACGAAAUAAACACAUUUUGCUCUUUGAACUGGAGAUGUGUGGGUUCGUGCAGCCGUGAUAACGACCUGAUGUUAAUGUACGACUCGUGUGUGCGCCAUUGUUAUCGCACCUUGGAGCGAAUUCACCUGUGAGCUCAUUAAAGGGCACCAUUUGUCGCACAUAAUGGCACCGGGGUUGGCACUCUGAGUUGUUUACGCCGCCGUCUUCAACGAGGCUGAUGGAUGAAUUUAAAAACGGCUCGCUUUUUACUCGCUUUAAGACGGCAGAUCUGUUUCACAGCACAGCCAUCUGCCAAUGUUUCCCCGACCUUCUGUUGCAGAGGCUGCCAGUGCCAGCUGAUGCUGCAGCUCCGCCAUCUUUAGUCAUCACGGUUCUUUUGUCGCUGCUGCUAAUAACCAGCGGUGCUCCGAAGCGCUUGCUUGUGACCCCAGUUGGUGUGUGUAAAAGUACAGAUUGGAAGAGUGUCAUUACAAUUAUAUCUUUAAAUUCAAGUUCAUCACUCUGUGCUUGCUUUGUUAGUUGUUGUUCUGUGUUAAGAGCCAGCCCGUGGGUUUCUCGUUUAUAAAAUGAAAAGGCUCGUCACAUACAGUACCGUGCAAAAAUCUUGUGGCACCCCUCAUUUCUUUCUGUUUUGCUAGAAAAAUUGAGAAUCGAUGCAGGGUAUUAUUCAAAUGUUCAAAUAUAAAUGAAGUAACGGUAUAUGAAACACAAAUAAUCACACAACUUCAGCUUUUUCUCCAUUUCCUUUCCUUAACAGUGGCAUAUUCUUCUUCUGAUAAGGCUUUGGAAAACACCAGAUGCAUCAAUUGGAGCUUUUUUUGUUUGUUGUUUUUUUAAGGCUAGCUACUUCUUUUACUUCUUUUUGUCUUGUACUUCCUCAAAUUUUUUAAUGACAGUGCACACCAUGCUGGAAAAUGCCACAUUUUCAGCUAAUAGCUCUUUGAGAAUCACUUUGUUGGUGAAACAGUACUAUUUUAAGUCUGUCAAACUGUAUUAUCUUUGGCAAUUUUCAGUAUGUUGCGCUAAUUAGCUAGGAAAUCUGAAUCUAGGAAAUUAGAUAGGAUCUUCCACGAUCUCCUUGCUGUGAUUUUCAAAAUUAGUUAGUUAUUAUGAACACAGAAAAAUCUGGGCAGAUUUUGAUCCACUGUGCAAUAUCCAGGAAGUGUCUGUUUUUUUUUGUUUGUUUUUUUAAUGAAGCAUUUUAGUUAGAUCAAAACUGGAUUGAAGGGGAAAUGAUGUAUGUAUGAGAUGGAAACCAUCUCAUCUGAAGCAGGUGACUGUGUUUUUUCAACUUUUGUUAUCGUUGAAUCCUGAAUCUGACCACUGGGCACCGGUAAGGCUAGUUAUUAGUAGUAAUAAUGCUUUUUUUGUAGUUUAGAGUUUUACAAGCCUGACAUGCUGAACAUGUGCCUUUGCUGCAGGGAGACACUUGUUCCACUUGGGAAAAGAAAUAAGUGAGCUUCACAGAGAACAAGAAGGCCUUUCCUGUAAAACACACCAGUUUGUGAGGUUGGCUGUUUACAAAUAAACCUAA